AAAAAUGAAACAGCGGAAGAUUCAAAACGAAGAUGGCGGCUGAAAAUGAUCCCCAAAACAAUCACAAACUGGAAAGAAGAGAGACAAAGUGCAGUGUGUCUGUCAGCCAGGAAAAGAACAACGCAAGCCAACCUGUGAUCUUCAACCCGGACUUCUUUGUGGAGAGGCUGAGACAUGAGCAUCCACAGACCUACGCGGAUUUGGUACUUAGCAAUAUCACUCGUCUUAUAGACCUUCCGGGGGAUGAGUUUGCGCAGCUCACCGGAGAGUCUGAGCCUCGGGUGCCUUCAUCCAGCGGCUUUCUACGGUCUUUGAACUUCCUGAAACGGAAAGACAAAGGAGUGGUUUUUGGUGCACCGUUAACUGAAGAAGGAAUAGCACAGAUCUAUCAGCUCAUUGAAUACUUGAGUAAAAACCUUCAAGUGGAGGGGUUGUUCCGUGUGCCAGGCCACAGCCUAAGGCAGGCAGCCCUCAGGGAGAUGCUGAAUGCUGGGGCAGAGAUAGAUCUAGAGACAGGCGACUUCCAUCCCAAUGAUGCAGCCACAUUGUUGAAAACGUACCUGGGGGAGCUGCCAGAGCCCCUGCUCACGCACAGACAUUAUCAUGCUCACCUGAAAAUUGGAGAGCUCACUCGCUUUGAUGAUAAGGGGGAUAAGACGAAUGUGCCUGACAAGGAACGCCAGAUUGAAGCAUUUCAGCUGCUUUUCAUGCUGCUCCCACCAGCCAACCGCAGCCUGUUGAAACUGCUACUGGACUUGCUGUACCACACCGCUCGCAAUCAGCAUAUCAACAAGAUGUCUGCAAAAAAUCUAGCCACAAUGUUUGCUCCACACAUCAUCUGGCCCAAAAAUGUGAUGGCAAGUGAUCUGCAGGGAAACAUUGAGAAACUGAAUAAUGGCAUAGCAUUCCUCAUCAGGCACUCACAAAAACUAUUCAAGGCACCUGUGUAUGUCAAAGAAUAUGCCCGCUUAUACUUCACAGGAUCAAAAUCUCUUCAAUCAAAGGAUGACUCGACCCUGCGUUCUGGGACGAAAGAUGGGCCGAUGGCUGGGGUACCAACAGCCCCCGCUUCUCCCUUCAUGAGAUCAAGUGAGGUCAGCAACACCUGCACCGCCAGGUCAUCUGAGACUCAAAAUUAUACUGAAUCUGCGCUCAAAGAGCUGUACCAGCAGGUCAGCAACAUGCCUGAGUCUGCCAAAAAGAAGAAGCUCAUUCGACAGUUUGAAAAGCAGCCUUUGCUGACACCUCCAGCAGACUCUCGUACACCAUUCAGCAGGAAACACUGGCGUUCACGCUCUUUGGGUGGAAUUAUCAAGAGGAAGGUGUUGGGAGGCCAAGCACUGACAGAGAAAGAAAACAGCAGAGCGCAGGGUUCUCUACCCACUGGUUCUAUUGAUGGCCAAGGAACAGAAAAAAACUGGCUCUGAAGGAGAUUAAUCGUCUUUAAAGGAAUGCGCUGUUCACAACUAGGGAAACUUAAGUGUAACUGUAAUGUUAGGCUCAUUGAAGGAUCUUCUUGAGGCAUCAGCUCAAACUAAACAGUGUAAUGCACUGUACAGCUUUGUUUUGACACCAUGUUUAGAUCAGCAGAAGGUAAGGAAAAUCACCAUAACGUUUUGCAGUCUGGAAAUUUUACUUAAGCUAAGUGGCAUAAAGGUUAAUGGAUAAACAUGAGUAUGUUACAUGCUUUAUUUUAGGUCAAUGCAAUUUGCCAUUUUUCUUAUCCUCUUAAUUUCCUCUAUGAUCUUAAGAAUGCAAAAACAACCCAGAAUAUGUGUUGGUAUUUAGCUUUAUCAUUGACUGAAACAUACUUUUAUUUAAUUUGCAAACCUAAUUGUAUUUAUUUUUUAUCAUUGGUCAUCUGGAUGUUUCAAGUCCUUGAAUCCAGUGCAUCAGAUGUAAUGGGACAGUGUGAUGUGCAGGCUUUUCUAUUUAAUCGUUAAAUUUGCUUGUGAGUUGUAGUUAGUUUAGUCUCACAGUCAUUGGUGACUGUUCAAGACUUUUAUUAGGAAAGUGGUGAAUUCAGAGAUGUGCCUUAAAGUGAAUAUAUCUCGAGUUAAGUGAGUUCCCAAUAGCUUUAAGAGUAUCCUGAAAUUUUUAUAAAGAAUCCAUUCAAGUGGCAGUAAAGUAAGGGAGUGAAAACUAAUAGGGAUUGAAGAAUGGAAGAUGGGAGAUACUAAGUGAAAGGCCAAAGAACCAGCUCGUGUAGAUUAUAUAAAUACUUUGUCCUCACAUGAGUUUAACAUUUGUGUGUUGACACUCUGAUACUUUAAAUUACUGCAUUUUUAAAAAAAACUAUAUUCGUGUUGGAGCUUAUAUUGUAGUUUUUCUCAGGCCAGUUUUUAUUAUGCAACUUCGUGUACAGUCUUAUAUCUUUACAUUCAAAGUGUCUUUUCUGUUAUUCAGCUGUUUAGUGCAAGAUGAUUUUUAUUAUUUUAAAAUUUUAUUGUCUAUUUUUUAUCUUUCUUAUUUUCAAUGAUUGGCUGAAUGCACAUGAAGAUGAAUCUGUUGCCUUUUACUGUUUUUGUCAACCCAGGUGCUCUCUGGGAGAAUUUGAGCCAAUUUUAAAACCACCUUGGUGUCUUACUCUUUCAGUAGCAGUUUCCAGUUCAGUGGUCACUCUGCCAAGCUGUUACAAUUUAGCUAUAAUGUGAUAAUUGCCAUCAUGGUCAACUUAAUUGACCAUGUAAAUAUGUGACUUCCAUGUUGGUGCUGCUGUGAAGCUAUGCAACUCACUGUAAUUAAAAGACAUCAAGCUGC